CUAAUCUAUAAAAAACGGCUACAACUUCAAAAAUUGUUAGGAAUCGAAAGAAGCUGUUGAACGCUAUCGGCAAAAAGUGGCGCUAUGUGGUGUCGAUCCAUACGCAGUUAAAACUAGUCAGAAGGAAAUCCCACUCAAUAUCACCUUCACCCGGAUUUAUCAGUUUAUGGUACUGGAUCCCAGUCCGUUUACAGGGUCUCCAAAAGAAUGCGCCAAAGGCAUGGAGGCUAUUAUGCACUUCAAAAACGGUUGGGUUAAAAAUUUAUCUGCUAAAAAAAUCGGAAACAAGUUCGUAACCCAUGGAAUAGUGCAUCAUUCAUUUUCAUUGAAUGAAAAACCGCUUCGAACUUGGAUAAUUUCACAUGAGGAUGGCACCAUAAUGGCAGCUCACUGUGAUUGCGCAAUUGGAAUAAUGGAAGCUUGCAGUCAUAUUGGUGCUACUCUUUUUGCUUUAGAAGGAAUCCGCACAGCAGUCUUAGAGAAAAAGCUAUCGGUUACUGAUCUUCCGGCAUAUUGGAAAAAGCCACCAAAGUCUGUCACCACUGAUCUGUAUAAGAAACUAAAAGACGUUGACUUCGGCCGGAAGAUUAAGCGCACGUUUCCGUAUCAUUGUGCACAAGGAGCUCAUGUUGCUAACAGUAAACGACAAGUUGCUCUACUCAAAUGUAUCGUAAACGAUGGUCUGAACGUUGCUGCUACAUCCCAGUUCUGUGGAGAAGCUAAUUUGAAUUUUCUAUGCACGGACUGUACAUAUGAUCUGCAGAUUCAGGUUGAUUUAAAAAAAUACAAUUUGCAGUUGCUGUAUGAUCCAAAAAACACUGAAAAAAGUCGUCAACAACUGAGAAGGUUAGCUCUUAGCAUUUACGCUGCCAUGGAGAGGGAACCAGUGAAACUCCAUCAAAUAGAAGCUAUUACAACAAAACAGAAAAAUAACAAAUGGUGGUUUAUAUUCCGUAGUGGUCGAAUUACUGCAUCGGUAUGGAAGGAAAUCUGUAGCACAACUAUUGCAAAACCUUCAGUUACCCUGCUAAGACGUGUCUGUUAUCCUGAAACUGUCCAAUUCUCGACACCAUCUACUCGAUAUGGACACAAAUAUGAAGAAACUGCUAUAGAAGAACUAUUUGUUUCAGUUGCUGACAUGCACGAUAAUUUGAUCAAACAAAAAUCUGGGUUAGUUAUUUGUGAGGAAGAACCAUGUCUAGGGGCAUCACCGGAUGCAAUCUUCUCUUGCAGCUGCCAUGGUUCUAUAGUUGUGGAAGUAAAAUGUCCGUUUUCUGCUCGUGACUGCAAUGACAUCAUACCUAUUCUAACACAGCUCAGAAAUCCCUAUGUCUUUAAGGAUCAUAACGGAAACAUUCACCUGAAUACUGAGCAUAAAUAUUAUUACCAAGCAGUAAUGCAGGUACACGUUUGCCAGGCCAGUUUCGGAUAUUUUUGCAUAUGGUCGCCAAAACAGAAAAUAAUUUUCAAGAUAGAACGAAAUGAACAAUUUUGGAAAUAUCAUAAAGAAAAUUCAGUUAACAUUUUUAAAUACGUUAUAUUACCAGAAUUAUUAUCUCGGAAUUACACUGUGAAUUCCGACAAAGAAAAAAAUAAGGAAAACGUAGUUGAAGAGAAUUGCUACAAAUUCAAUUGAAACAAAGAGUACAAAAACUUAGUGAGAGAAAUGAGAUAAAAAAGAAAGCAAUGGGAAACUAGUAAAACAAGUUCAUAGGAAAAAGGUAUCACAUGAAUGGAAAUAAAAAAUAAGUGAAAGCGUGUAGUUACACGUGUAUGUGUGCGUGUGUGUAUGUGUGAGGGAGUGUGCAUACGUUUGUGUAUGUGUGUAAAAAGAAUUUAUGGAAUAAAAACAACAAUCUAAACUUCAAAGUAGUAUUUUAUUCCCAUUUAACUAAUAUUAUUCAACUAAUUCAGAUAAGAAAAUAUUUUUUCGAUAAAUGACUGUUACACAAACCUCCACAGAAAUAUAAAGUUAAGAUCCGACCACCGCUGGGCAUAGAUUUACCAGUGCAGCUGAUAUAGUAAGUAUUUGAUCAAUUACUAAAGUAUCAUUGUUCCAUCUCCUAAUCAAUGUUAUAGGCAAGAUGUCUGAGAGAAUUAAGUAUUUUUGUCGAAGGACUCCAAUCACCCUCUCUACGUGUAUACGAAGGGAGCUCAGCUUUUUUGAAUUGAUAGCAUCCAAAGGUUCAAGCUGGUUCUGCUUUUUCUUGAAUGAUGGAUACGACACUGAUGCGCCCAAAGGAGUGAGAAAUUCAUCAAUUAAGAACCCCCUGUCAGCCAUAAUAAAAUCUCCUUCUUCAAUCAGAUCCAGGAAGCCUGACAUCCUGACUAUCUCCUUAUCCGAAGUUCUUCCACCGAAGGCUUGACUUAUGUAUAUAAUACUUCCUGAAGCACUAAUACCGAUUAAAACUUUUACCGUUUUAUGCUUUUUAUAAUUUGAAUAAACAUUAGCAUUUGCCAUCAUGGCUUUCGGGUUCGGAGAUUCGAGAAAAAUUUCGAAACAAUCCACUAUGAUGGUUACUACUUUAUAUUUGCUUCUGAAUUCCAUUGGUAAAUGCCGACGAAGUGCUUCUCUAGACGGAAAUCGUACUAAUCCUUUCAUGAAAAGGUAUAUACCGUUCAAGCAUUCACAAAAGAAAUUGGAUAUAACGGAUGGGUUUA